AUGAAAGGAUUUCAAGGGGUUCCAUGCAACCCUACGCUGGAUGUUGUUUUCUGGGUCAUCAAUAGCGUCAUCGCCGUCCUGAUGUUGGCGGGAAACUCUCUUUCGUGCGCGGUGUUUCUAAAGACCCGACAUCUUCGCCGCAGCUUCAUGAACAUCUAUCUCGUGAGUUUGGCCAUUUCUGACAUAAGCAUGGGAGUAUUUGUUGUGCCGUUCUACUCGGUUUUUUGCUCUGGUUGCAAGUAUUCACUCACUAAAUACUGUUGGGCGAUCAGAUUCCUGAAAGGUUUUGCCUUUGGAGCUAAUAUUUUUAACCUUUUAGCUAUUUCAUUGGACCGCCAUGAAGCCUUCAUCAACCCUCUUCGUUAUACCUCUAAGAUGACAAGAAAGAAGUUGGUUUUCAUCCUCGCCAUGGUCUGGGGAGCACCAGUCCUUUUGGCUGGUACAAGAAACUUCUGGCAGCACAGUAGUUCAAGAGAGAAGGCUCUUUUCAUCGACAAAACAUAUUCAAUUAUUUUGACUUUCAUUUUCGUUAUUAUUCCUUUCUUUUUACUACUUGGAAUUAAUUUUAGAAUUCUGAUUGUCAUUAAAAAGCAGGUUCAACGAAUUCACGUCGCCAACGCAGUUCAAAAUUUCCCUUCAAAUUUAUCUACAAAACGUUCUCGUGCACUGAACAAUAACAGAACAUUAGGACCAACAAAGAGUAUUCCUCCGUGCAGUAAGAAUUUAGAAUUGGUGUUCUGGGUCCUCAAUGGCACAGCAGGUGUGAUUAUACUAAGCGGGAACUUCAUCACUAUCCUUGUGCUUGUUACAAACAGAAGACUUCGACAAAACUACGUGAACAUUUUUUUGGUGAACUUAGCAGUGGCAGAUUUGAUGAUGGCGGUGUUUGUCAUCCCCGGAUACGCGGUCUUCUGCAAUGGCUGCAAUAAAUACGCUUUAUCAAAGCAUUGUUGGAUCCUGGCUGGAAUUAAAGACGUCGCCUUCGGUAGUACGGUGUUUAAUUUGGCUGCGAUAUCGUUCGACAGGUUCCUCGCCGUUCUAUGGCCUUUACAUUAUUACAACUACAUGACAAAAAGAAGCGUCAGUCUUAUUUUAACUGGGGUGUGGGUUUUCAGUAUCUUUCUGGCCAGCUUACGACACGCGUGGCUUCAUACGAAGCCCGAAAAAGAGGCGCAAAAAGUCGAUAAAAUUUACAACAGUACACUAAUGUUCGCUUUCGCUUUGAUGCCCGUUGUUGUCAUUUCAGGGAUGAAUGUGAAAGUGAUUCAAGAAAUAAGAAGGCAAAAUCGAUUACAGCGAGGCAGGAUCCAUGUCCGACAAACAGAAACAGGAGAAACUAGAAAUCGCUUGAAGAGGAUGACAGCUGUCAAAGGAACAAUUUCCUGUGUUCUAAUUGUGUUUACGUUUCUAAUCAGCUGGUUGCCACUGGCUUUCGUGAAUUUUAGUUUUGUGUUUGGGAGGCCUGAUUUAGUCAGUGGAAAAUUAGAGAAGACUGCAUGGUUUUUCAUUUUUGUACAAUCAUCUGCCAAUCCUUUCAUUUAUUCAUUUUUGAGAUCCGAUUUUAGACAAGCCAGCCGCUCCUUGAUUUGUUGUCAACUUGAAUUAACUCAAAGGUCCACCGCAAUACGGCCACUUAAGUAA